UAAUCAUCCACCAGAUGAUAAAAGCAGUUUUGUUUUUUGCCGGACAGCGCGUAAUUCGGGCUUUAACGGUGCGAGUUUUACUCUGGAAGGUCCAGGAAUGGCCUCAUCGCUGGGUUUGUUCGCCGGACCGGAAGUGCUUGAGGACGCGAACCACGCUCGGGGUUUGAUGAACGAGCUUAAAAAGAUGUACGACUGCCGUUUGCUGGGCGACGUUACCAUAGGGGUCGAGUGUGAAGAGGAGGAGGAGGAGGAGGAGGAGGAGAAGGUGUCACCGGAGCACAGCGGAGGAAGAGGAGGAGAAGGGGUUGAGGUUGGCCAUUUGUUUCUUUGUAGCCGCAACGUCCUGGCCGCCGCCAGUCCGUACUUCAAGAGCAUGUUCACGGGCGGGUUAACCGAGAGCGCCCAGGAGAGAGUCCUCAUCCGCGGCGUGGACUCUGAGUCCAUGUCGGUCAUCAUCGACUACUGCUACACAGGCAGGGUGACCAUCACGGAGAGCAACGUGCAGAGGCUGUACGCGGCGGCCAACAUGCUGCAGCUGGAGUACAUCAGCAGAGUCUGCACCGACUUCAUGAGCAGGAGGCUGGAUCCCUCCAACUGUGUGGCGAUGCUGAAGCUCGCAGACACCUACAACAACCCGGAGCUGAAGAAGAACGCCCAGGUGUUCAUAGCCAGGAACUUCACCCAGGUGUGUAACGCUGGAGACCUCUGCGAGCUGAACUCGGAUCAAUUUAAAGAGCUGCUGUCUCUGGACACUUUGGACGUGGACUGCGAGAAGACUGUGUGUUCAGCAGCUGUUCAGUGGCUGGAGGGGAAUGCAGCGGUGGAUAAAGAAGAAGCUCUGCGGGUGCUGAAGUGUGUGCGCUGGAGCCUGUUCAGCGAGGAGGACCUGGAGAGCCUCAAAGAGAGGCCUCUGAUGGAGACCUACCUGUCAUCCUUUUUCAGGACGUCUUCAGAGGGGGGCUGCAAGGUGCCCGCACCUCUGGACGUGCAAAAACACAGGAUAGGUGUGAGUGCAAAAGAGAUGAUUCUCUUUUUUGGCCGGCCUAACGAAGUCAUAAUGUGCUGCGAACCUUACUCAGAGGAUCUUUAUAUCAUGUCUCCGGCUUCCGUGCCUUUCACUAGUCAAGAAUACAAAAGCUCCAAUACAGCGCCUGUUAUCGCUUGCUCCACGCCUGAUAACAGCUUGUAUUUAACGUCCCACCUUUCCAAGCAGUUCUGGGUGUAUAAUCCUGUCCUCAAUAGAUGGCAGGAGUUGGCAGAGAGGCUGCUGGGCAGAAUCCACGCUGGGAUGGUCUAUCUGAAUGGUCACAUCUAUCUUCUGGGAGGAAGAAAUCCAAUUACAGAUAUCAGAUUGAAGGAGGUGGAGUGUUACAGCAUCCAAAGGAACCAGUGGAUGUUUGUGGCGCCUCUGCCUCACUAUUUGGGUAAAAUGCAAGUGGUGGCUGUGAAUGAUCACCUGUACGUGCUCAACAAAAGGAGAAUGCUCUGCUACGACCCCAAGAAGAACCACUGGCUUCAAUGCGGGUCACUCAGGAGAGACAAGCUUCACAAGGCCUGCAUCUUCCAGGAGCAGAUCGUCUGCGUGUGCGACAUCCCCGUGAUUAAAGCUUACAGCCCCACCAGAGGGGAGUGGAAGAGGUUUGGGGACAUUCCCAUGGAGAACGGAGCAGUGAACUACCAGGUGAUCCAGCACAGAGGGAAGCUGUUGCUGCUCACGCACAUGUUGCACCGGAAUGACAGGGACAGGGUCCUCAUCCACGAGUACGACCCCAACCGGGACGCGUGGAAGAACCUCAUGGCAGUCUACGUGUCCGCUAUGGGACCGGUGUGCGUGUCGACGCGUGUGUACCCGGUGUUCCUGCGGUCUGGUCACAGAUUCUCCACAGAGGAGGACGAUGACAGCGGCUCCAGUGCUGACUGGGACCCAGAUAUCCUAACGGAUGCUGAGUCUGAUUCAGGCAGCUCCAGUUCCUUCUCUGAUGAGAACAUGCAGUGAGCUGAAAGACUACCUGUCCAUUUUUUUUAUUUAUGCAUUUGUACGACGGAGUAUUGGGGCCAGGCUAGAGAUUUUUUUUAUUGAUAUAUAUAUGGGUUUUAUAUUUUAUGUUCUUUGACAAUCAUACAAGUUUUGUAUCACAAAUGAAGUACUCUUUUUAUAUAAGUUUGUAUCGAAGCAGGAACAUGUUUUUUUUUUACACUGUGUCCAUGAGCUCUGGGGAGGGUCAGAAGCUCUGGGGAGGUAACAGAUGAAGCAGUGAUUGGUACCAGGUACUGGGCUUGAUGUAACUUGUUUUUGUAUCUGAUCAUUAUGUAAUUUUGUUUUUGGUUUCGGCUGUCCACGAGCCCUGGGUGGGUUCGGGGGACGCCGGUUCCAUAUUUUGGUUUCUGUAAUCAUGCGCUCCAGGUGUGAGAGGGAGCGGUCACUUUUCCUGAUUGAGUGAAAGAUUUUACUUUGAAGUGUGGCAUAAAUCGCGGGGGCUUGUUGACACCGGUGGGGUCUGCUAGGGUUGCGUACGGACGCCUAGCUGCGUGGGUUGCUGCCCUGCCGGGAUCGACCGGCCCUCCGAUCCUUGUGUCACGUUAGGGGGACAAUAUAAAUUUUAUUCAGCACUGUGCCUUGAUUGAUGUGCUUGCUUUGCUGUUUUCUGUGGCAAAAUAAAACGACACAUUUUAAUUCUAGCAGAAACAGCAUACGAUGGCCGACUAGCACCACCAAACAGCAACCUGAGGCCACUUUGACAUCCUGCUAAAAAUUCCCUUAUUUGUCAAACCACAGCCAAAGUGUAAAUUCACAUGAUGCUCAACAUUCCUCAUUUUAGAGAAGAAAGUGCUUCUUGUUUCUCAUAAUUUUAGGACUUUAUUCUCUUAAUAUUAUGACUUUAUUCUCGUAAUUUUAUUUAUUCUAAUAAUUUU